CUUUGUAUUAUUGGAUGAUGAAAGGCUAAUAAAAUAACUCUUAAAACAAUUACCGCUGCUGAAAUAUAUUAGGUAACUCUAAAUAAUAAUUAAAAAAAAAACUCAAAUAUGCAUUCCAUUGAUUUUGUCAAUCAAUUGCAAAUCAAUUAUGUUUAGAUUCUUUAACAUAAUCAUACAAUAUAUCCGUCGUUUUCUAGGCAUUUGAUCCUUAAAUAAUGCCUCUCCCUCACCUCUUCUUCUUCCUCCUCUAAUUGAUCCCUGUGUCUCUGUCUCUGCUUGUAACCAUGCACAGGCGAGUGAAGCAAGUCCUUUGUGCCCUAAAAGAGCAUAGCUCUCUAAGCUAUGCAAAAAUAGUAACUUUUGGAGGAUUUUGUGACAUUGAUUUAACCAUUGUCAAAGCAACUUCUCCUGAUGACUUACCAGUACCUGAAAAAUACAUACGCGAACUUUUGAAAAUAUUCUCCAUUUCUCCCCCGUCGUUUCAUUCUUUUUCCCUUAGUUUCACUCGACGUUUUGGAAGAACUCGCUCUUGGAAAGUUGCACUCAAGUGCCUUCUCCUUCUCCACCGCCUGCUCCGCUCCUUACCGGAGAACAGCCCGUUUCGAGCUGAAUUAUUAUGGGCAAGAUCUAAUGGUUUUCUCUCUCUUUACCCUUGUCAGUUUCGCGACGACUCCUCGUCAAAUCCUGAAGAUUAUACUCUCUUUAUUAGAUCUUACGCUCAAUUGCUCGAUGAAGCACUUCAUUAUUGCUUUUCUUUAGAGAAGAAGAUAGAUUCAGAUGAGAAAGAGGAAGAAAUAAUAGCAAGUUUGCCAGCAAAGAUUAAACAAGUAAAUAGAAAUCUUGAAAUUUUGCAGCAACUUCAAAGCCUAAUUGAUCGAGUAAUGGAUUGUAGGCCAACAGAUGUAGCUGCAAGAAGUUUUAUUGUCCAAUCAGCAAUGAAACAUAUAAUAAGAGAGAGUUUUGUUUGUUAUACUACAUUUAAAAAGGAUGUCGUUUUAGUUUUAGAUAGCUUGAUGCAAAUGCCGUAUAGGAGUUGUCUAUUGUCGUUCAGCAUUUACAAGAAAGCAGCUCUGCAAGCAGAGCAACUUUGUGAGUUUUUUGAUUGGUGCAAGGGAGAAGGGUUAUGUGGGUCUUAUGAAUAUCCUUUUAUAGAAAGAAUUCCAGAGAUACAAAUCAAAGCUCUAGAGAAUUUUCUUAAUGGGAUGUGGCAAUUAACUGAGCCUUCAUCUUCUUCUGCUACAUCUCCAGGUUCUUGGGUCGAGUCUCAUAAAUCAAGUUCAAGUGAAGAAGAUGAAAGGGGAGAUCAUCAUAACAAUAAGCAAAUUGUAGUGAGUACUAAUCAGUGGGUGACAUUUGAUCAAGAAAAUACUAAUGGGUUUUUUCCAAGAAAGUUGGAGGAAAAAUUAGAAGAGUUGAUGGAACCAUUGAUUAAAUUGGAAGAGGGUGAAAGUGAUAAUUGGGAGGCGUUACUUGAUGCUUCAAUUGAUAAUUGCUUGAUAAACCCUAAUGGAAUUAGCAAUAAUGGCUAUGAACAUGGGAAAGAAAUACGAGGAGAAGAGAAAGUUGACAAUCAAUGGCAAAUGCAAGUUUAUAAUCCUUUUUGUCAGCCUUACAAUAAUUACUAUAAUACUUGUAUGUCAAAUUGCAAUAGAUGGCCUGCGAGUAAUCCUGCAUAUCAAUGGGGAUAGUGAUCUAAUAGGGGGUGUUGAAUGUUUCAGAAAAUGUUUGUUGUUGUAGAAUUUUACACCUGAGCUAAGGAAAUGGAUGGAGUGGCUGUAGUUUAUGAUGGUGGGUUGAUUUGUUUUAUUUAAGUUUGUUUGGCUAUAGGAUAAUAUAGGUUUGUUUAUCCAUGCUGCAAGAGAAUCAUUUCAGAGAUGUGGGCAUCGAUCGUCUAUGUCCUUGUUGAGUCAGUCCAUUUUUAUUUAAUUACAUACACAUUUUUUUGUAACAAUUGGAGAUGCGUAUUUAAAUUGUUCUUAAUUUCUGCCAUAUAUU